AUGGCUAAAAUGGCAGGACCAACUAUCAGGUUGCGGGGGCCAUUAAGAUCAAAUGGUACAGGUCGUGUGGAAGUAUUCCGUAACGGAAAAUGGGGAACAAUCUGUGACGAUAACUGGGAUAUUAAAGAUGCUGAAGUUGUGUGUCGUCAACUUGGUUAUCAAAAAGCUAACGAAGUCCUGCAAGGAAAGUAUGUUCCCUCUGGCACUGGACCGAUAUGGUUAGACGACGUUCAUUGCACUGGGAAUGAACAAGAACUAACUAAUUGUCCUUCUAAGAACUGGGGAAGCCAUAAUUGUCAACAUUCUAAUGAUGCUGGGGUAAAUUGUUCUGAAAAAGAUGAAACAGUGAGGCUGCAAGGGCCAUUAAGUUCCAUGGGUAUUGGUCGUGUGGAGGUAUUUCAUAACGGAACAUGGGGAACAAUCUGUGACGACGAAUGGGAUAUCAAGGAUGCUGAAGUUGUGUGUCGUCAACUUGGUUAUCAGCAAGCCCUUGCAGCCCUUCAGGGAAAUCUUGUCCCUUCUGGUUCAAGGCAGAUAUGGUUAGACGAUGUUCGUUGUUCUGGGAAUGAGAAAAAUCUGGCCAGUUGUUCCUAUAGGGGCUGGGGAGUCCACAACUGUCGUCAUUCUGAAGAUGCUGGAGUAAAAUGUGCUCCAAAAGGCUCGCCCCAUGAUGCUUAGCAUCUUCCUAGUUCUAGUUACGAUGACAAAGCAAACCGAAUAGUGGAGAAUUAAUG